AUGGGUAAUCUACCCCGCGAUCGGGUCACUCCGACUCGACCAUUUCUGCGCACUGGAGUGGACUAUGCAGGACCCAUCCUCAUCCGGACGAGCAAGGGACGAGGACACCGCGCCUAUAAGGGCUAUAUCGCAGUAUUCAUCUGUUUUUGGUCCAGAGCCAUCCACCUCGAACUUGUCUCGGAUUACUCUUCAGAGGCCUUCAUCGCCGCUUUACGUCGCUUUGUCUCACGUCGAGGUCUCUGUACGGACAUAUAUAGCGACUGUGGAACGAUCUUCAUCGGGGCUGACCGCACUUUACGUGAGCUCUUCGUCACUGCAUCCACAGAGGGUCGUGGAAUUGCACGCGUAGCUGCUGAACACGGCAUACGGUGGCACUUCAAUCCACCAGCAGCUCCGCACUUCGGCGGAUUGUGGGAGGCAGCCGUCAAAUCCGCUAAGUAUCACUUACGGAGGGUGCUAGGUGAAACCACCCUCACCUUUGAGGAACUGACCACACUCCUCACACAAAUUGAGGCCUGUUUAAAUUUUCGUCCAUUACAGGCACUCUCUGACGAUCCAGACGAUGUUACAGCACUAACUCCGGGCCACUUCCUGAUCGGCGCGCCGCUUCUCGCCAUCCCGGAGCCAGGGAGGACAACCGUGGAUCCGUAG